CGAGGCCGCAGCAGUGAUUGGUGCAGGCUCCCUGUCAUCCACCCGUCCCACCCUGCACUCACAUACACACACACGAGCCACAGGCAGUACAGACCAACAUGGCUGAGUCCGAGGCAAGCGAGGUAACUUCUGGCGGAAUCUUUCAGGAGAUCUUCACGUCUCCGCUCAACCUGACCCUGCUCAGCCUCUGCCUGUUCCUCCUCUACAAAAUCUUCCGCGGGGACAAACAACCAGAUUUCGGCGAGGUCGAAAAGCCGCUGCCCAAGAUGAAAAAGAGGGACUUCACCCUCGCAGACUUGAAGCUCUACGAUGGGGAACAGGAUCCCAGGAUCCUGAUGGGCGUGAACGGCAAAGUGUUCGACGUGACCCGAGGAAAGAAGUUUUACGGACCAGGUGGGCCGUAUGGAGUGUUUGCCGGCAGAGAUGCGUCCAGAGGUUUGGCUACGUUCUGUCUAGAGAAGGAGGCCCUGAAAGACGAAUAUGACGACCUGUCUGACCUGAACGCCAUGCAGCAGGAGAGCCUCUCUGAGUGGGAGUCCCAGUUUACUUUGAAGUAUGACUACAUCGGCAAGCUUCUGAAGCCAGGAGAAGAGCCCACAGAGUACACAGACGAUGAUGAGGGAAAGGACAAGAAGACAGACUAGAGAGUGAAAACUGACCAAGAUGGAAAAUAAUAGAUGCCUUAAUAUUUGUUUGCAUUUCAAUGCCAAUUCAAUGACUGUUAGGAGACAACAUUACCAUAUUCUGUACACAUUCUAGUAUGUUUGAAUCAUCACGAUCUUGGAUGUGACUUAAAUAGGGCACAACACCCUUGGAUUCAACCACACGGUUAUAUAUUAAGUAAAAAUGUAGUGUGAGUAGCAGUGACAGCAGCUGUAGGUGGGGGUAUAGGGCAGUUAUGUGACAAUGAUGUGAAAGUUGUAAAAACACUUUAGUUCCAUCUCUUUACAAAAAUGUUUUUGACUAAUUGUCUUAUAGGCUUGUUAUCAAAAUAUUCCCCUAUUGCUGUUUUAUUACAGGCUGUACACAUUCCUUUUAGACACCAUUGAUUACCUCGCAUUAAUUCAAAAUGAAAAGCUACAUUAUAUAAGUUUUUCAGCUAUCUUUGUGGAAAAUAUGCUUUAAGCGUAAACUAAUGUGAAAAAUGUGCUGUUAAGAGCUUUUUUUGAACCAGACAUAUUAAACGGCCUCAGAUGGUUUCUGUUCAAUUUGUUAAGCUCUUCCAACCGCGGCAAACCAAGACCAGGGGUGGGACACGAAGGUGGAAAAGACAUAAGCUCAUGGUUUUCUGGACCAAGCACUGAUGAGCUAAUUAACAUUUUUUUAUCAUCACAAACACUUACAAGAGUUAAGAUCAUUUAAUUUGAUACAUCUAAAAUGUAGGUUAAAUAUCGUUUAUUAUGUGAUGCAAAAACCAUUGCUGCACUUAAAACUCUAGGAAAGGCAGUUUUAGAAAAUUAAUGUCUUUUUCUUGGACACUAAACCGCUCAUGGCAAAAUCAUAUUCUAUUAUUGAAUAGCAGUCCUUCUGACAGUGCUUUGUUAAUUCCCCUACACAGUCCGUGAUUUUUGAAUAUUGCCGAGCUAAGGAAACAACAGAUUUUUUUUCUGAACAGUCUGAUGAUUUGUUUCCAAUCUCCGCUAAAGAAAGAAGUGAAUGAUUUCAGGUGAAGAUGAAAAGCAUUGAUUUAAAUUCCAGAUUUCUUUUUUAUUUUUAUUUUUUAACUGUCUUUUAUUCUGUCACGGUAUUCUCUGCUCUGUACUUUGCUGUUGUGUGAAGUAAUUUCCCCACUGUGGGUCUAUUAAAGGUUUUCUUAUCUUAA